AGUGAACGAUUCGAAGGUUUUGUGUAAUACUCGUACCUCUGAAAAGAUUCAAACAUUCCAGUCCAAAACCAUUCGGAAACCAAAGGUACAGCUACGUUAUUAAACUGAAAGCAUGGAAAUUGCACCCGCUGAAAUUACAAUCGGCUCUGCGACGAGCACCAUCGAUGGGCCAUCUCCAGACGAUCACGAAGGAUCCGGUAAAAUGAGUAACACAAUACUUGAUAAUCUGGAACUGGAAGAACCGGCGCCAUAUGUUGGGAAACCAGGAAUGGCGCCUACGGAGGUUGUAGUGAACGCGGCGAUCAUCUCAAUCGACGGGGUGCCUAAUGUUGUUAACACAGAAGAAAAGGACGACUCCGAACUCUUUCUCGAGCACGACGAAGUAGGUCUCAAUCCAAUCGACGACGAAGCCGAACUCAAAAUCAUGCUCGAAAACGAAAACAAACAAUGUUGUGACACAGCCAUGGACAAGUGCCUCGACACCUCCAUGGUAUCUGACGACAUGAUUGAGAAAAUUAUGUGCAGAGCCGACAGAAAACUCUGCACCUGCGAGGUUACGGACUGGAUGGAAAAAACAACCGGUUAUGCGCUGUGUGGAGACAAGGACGACGCGAUUGUAGCGGAAGAGGAUGUAACCAGCAUCAGUGUCGAUGGGACCAAGGUAGACAGCCUGUUCGAUGAAAGCGCGAGCUUGGACAGCAGGUCUCAGCCAAACCAGUACUCAGCUUCUAUGCUUGAAACCAGUACUUCCCCUUCCGUAACAGAGGAAGGACACCAGAAACUCAAAAACACGAAGAGAAUUGAGACAAUCUUGGAGAACGAAGAUGAAGCAAAAGAUGAAAAAGAUGAUAGCAAAUGCCACAUCGUCCCUGCUGUUCUCCCUUCGAACACGAAGCCCGACGACAGAAAGAAUUCUAGCGAAGAAAAAGAGAGCGCGGAUAACAGCGGUGCUUCAGUGAAGGAAACUGUGAUAUCCAGUAGCACCGAGACAGUCAAAGAAGAAAACGAAAAUGAAAAAAGCGAAAUCGAUGGUAACAUGUGCGACUCCGCAAUGACAACUCUUCCUUCAGUAAUCAAUUCGAUGGACUCGUCGAAUCCUUCAGUCGAAGAUACCUCGAGUGCACAGGAACCUGCCGUGAUCGAAGAUGACCGGGAGGACCGGUCGAGUUUAUCGAAGCCAUUUAAGAUGCGUUCGAUCCAAUCCAUAAUGAAAAAAGCAGAAUCCAACAGGGAAGAGGAAUGCGAAGACCAAAGUGGUUUCGAGUGUGUCCUUCAGCGCAAGAUCACUUUUGAGAAACAAAAGAUUUGGCAGCCCAAGACGCCAAAAUCGACCUCUUCAUCGAUCACCGAGUUGUUUGACGAGCAGUCAACAGGAAACACAACAACUCUGUCCGUAGUUACUCCUUCGCCUGAAAAGAAGAUGAAAAAAUCACUUUCUCGAUUGGGAAGAAAGUUCUCGAAGAGAAUGUCGUUCAAGAAGCGUGCCUCCUCCCCAGUCAAGCAAUCCCCGGUCGCGCACUCCGAUUCGAAAGGAUCGACGGUUUGCGACUUUUAAGAGAGCUCUAUCUAUAGAAUGAAGUAAUCCAUUCUAAAUUGGGUGCGUGACAUGGAUCCAAAAAAUCCAUCGUUACGAAAAUUACAUGCUAGACAAUCUACUAGUCACUUUGGUACCACCGCGAAUGCUAUCAGCAACGAUCGCUUGAUUUCUAAUCGUCUGUCAACCAAAUACAUACAACUUCAAGAG